GCGCCAAGAAGGGUGACCUGACCGGCUACAACUCCGUCCUUCGGUGAAGGGAGGGAAAGCUAGGGAACGAAGGGCAUUCUUGUCCCGGUGGCACAAAACGGAGACGGGGGGACCGGUGGACGAUCCGGGAAGUCUUGUAAGUUGCACACGCUCUGGGAUUUUUUUUUUCGGGGGGCGGGGGAAGUAAAAACGGACGACGAUGGUCGGGUUACAGCUUCUUCUGAUCAAUCAGUGAAGUGCCAUUGGGGGGAUAAUUUUUUUCUUUCUUCUCGGGGUACUGUGCUGUUCGGACAUGUGUGGAUGGUGCAUGGAGGCCGAGGGAUGGGAUGGGAUCAUGUAUACGGAGCAGAUGGUUGUGGGAUGAACUGUACAGUAGUAGGUGGUCGUUAUCACCGGAGCAAUAGUCUCGAGCCAAGCAGAAUUUCUUUUGUUGUUCUUUUCCACGGCUCAUGUCUGGAUCGACCAUCUGGUCCUAUCAAACCACUUGGCAUGUUGCAAGAUUGUGUUUCCUCGGCAUUAGCGCGGACGGAAAGGGAUGCCCGUUCGUUGUUUGUUCGGCGAUGUGAUGGUUCAUGUUCUUGGUGGUGGGGUGGGGGGGUGUCUGUCUGUCACCUUGGGAGGUCGAAGCGGGAGGAGAAAGCCUGGAGGGGCCCAGGGAGGAGGAGGAGGGAGGGAGAGGCUGGGCCGAGCGGGCAUGCGCGGGACGAUCUGCGCUGCGCUGCGCUGCGCUGCCCUCUUCGCCUAUUCACGGGGGUCGAUGGGGAUGAUCUCACUGCGCCGCCCUCCUGUUCACAUAACCUCAUAACGAGAGGGAAACAAUUAACCCGAGCACCCGAGGUUCACGAUCGCUAUGGAGGGUCGUCCUAUUUCACCCGAGAGAGGUGGUCUAUGCCCCGGCCAGCUCUGAUGUAAAUCUGGGGUUCUGUUUAUGGAGGUGAGGGCAGACUGUGUGGUUUUUAUUGUACCUGGUACAUCAUAGAUU